GAGGAGGGCAAGGUCCGGGCUUCAGCUCCUGCUCUCCACGCAAAGAAGGAGGCCUGUCAGACCACCUGGUUGCCCCUUUGGGGUCCGGGUGAAAGCAUCUCCCUUCCAUGCACGAGCAGGGUCCGGCCCCACGGACCCAAAGACGGGUCUCUGGGCGGGCGUCGAAGGCCCGAUUGACCUCCCCGCCUGAGGCACUUCCCAUACCAAAAUGACCCAGAGACUUUUAGACCGGAUGGAUGUUCUCAAUUUGUAUUCAGAGAAGAUACUGGCCAAGAGGGCAAAGAAACAGAAAUUGCAAAAAUUACAACUGGGAAAUAAGUUGACUAUUCCCCUGACAUUUGAGUUUCAACUGGAUUUUGACUUACCCAUUGUUAAAGGACGAACAAUUUCCAAGCCUAAAGCGGGGACAGAGGUGAUAGAAGAUGAACCGGAUAUAAAUGAUCAGCGCAUAAGAUCUCCUCCAUCAACAUCCGGACCUAAGCCCAGAAACACCUUUCCUAGGCAAUCAAAAGGAAGGCUACUGUCAGUUCCUGCAGCUCUGAAAAGGAAAAUUUCCCCAACGGGUGAAAAACCAGAACCUAAUGGAAAUUUGGGAAAAACGGAGAGCUUAAUUACUCAGAAAUGUCAGAAUGAUGACCAACACAGAAUCCAAGUAAAUGGUCAUUUACAAGAAGAUAAUAAGGAACCAAGAAAAAAAGCGGAUCCAGAGGAAGCCGUUUCAUCUCCGAAAGACAGAGAAAGCUUAAAAAACGUCCAAGCAUCUGGGAAUGACUUAUCGGGCCAGAAAAAUCUAAUACCCUUGUCCAUUGAGGAUGAACUGAAAAACCCCAGUGCCAAGAUAAUCAGCGCCCGAUCCCCAGGAGUAACAGCUUCUCAACCGAAUCUGAAUAAAACCUAUCCUGUUAUUUAUCACGAAGAAGGAGAGAUACAAAUGUUUCUUUUGACUAAAAUGCAGAAUUCAGCUGAACACAGAAAGUUUCGUAACUGGGAAACUGGAAAAAAGCCGCCGUCCGCCACAGUGAAUCUAGUUUUAGAAAAAAACUGCGAGAGAGUGAAAGCCUUAGUUCACGAUGAGAGUCAUACCGCCUUAGAGAAGGUAAAACGACCAUCCUUUUACGGAGGGCGAAUAAAUAAUAGCCCAUUUCUGCCUGAUGUCAAAAAUGCAAUUGUAGCCAUUUCCCAGAAAGGGAAAGCUGGUUGCCGUAGUUCAGUUAGUAACCACCUUGGAGGGGAACUGUCUACGGAUAAACUCUCCUCCCAGGAUGUCACAGCUCCAGAAGCAAAAGGUUUCAUCGAUGGCCUUGUGGUUCAGGGAAUUAAAUCCAAAGUUGAUAUACAACGCAAAAGCACGGCUUCAUUGAAAUCAUUCAGUUCGUCGAGAUCCAGUACCUCGAGGAUCUACCGCCCAGGAUCUCAUUCAGAUUUUCCCCAGAACAGCAGCAGAGCUGCAGCGUCCCAGCUGGAGUAGCUGUUGAUAAGCAAGUCCAUAAAUAUCCCUGAGAAAGCUGAAUCAUCAGUUCACAGAGGGGCUGUAACUUGCGCUUCAGAAAGUAAGGAAGCCAGCAUUCAUCCAGAAGCCUUUGAAAAACCAGGGACUGAUCAAGGUAAGGGAAGACUAACGGAUGAAACCAAAUCUAGCGAACAUCCUCACGAAGCCAAGCCUUAAAAAAGAAAGCGUGGGGCUCGAGUGUCAACAGCCAACAGUGGGAUGCUCAAGAGGCGUCAUCAUUGGCUGAAUCGUGUCGGAAAGACACAACGACAAAGCCGGAUGGUUGGGAUGAGGAGGGAGAAAAGGCAGAGGUGGUGGAUGAAUCCCUUUCACUUGAGAAAAUUCCACUGUCACAUUCCCAACAACGCAUAGGCCCACUACACGAAUCAGAGCAGGGCAUGGAUUAGACUCUUUGAUUGUUUGCCUCUUGAUGCCCAUGAAACAUCAGAGCUCAUGAAUAAACAAUAUUCCAGUGUACGUAAUCAAA